AUGCCGCCCUCUCGAGACGACGACGACGACCCCGUCGUCGCCACCUUCAACGUCUUUCUCAACCCAGCCCUCCCGGAAAACCAGAAAAUCAUCGCCUUGCACCAAUCCGUCCGGUACGAUGAGGGGCAGUCGCCCGCCUUCCCCACCCGCCCACCGAGCCGGAAGAGCGAGCGGGAUAGGGAUAGGGAGAGGCGCUCCGAGUGGGUGGACGAAGUGCGUGCGGAUAGGGUCCUCCGGAGCCAGACUCUUGGAGGCAUCGUCCCCAAGACGGAACCGGUGAACUACAUGAUUGGUGUCUUCCAAGGAGGAGACCUCCAUCUGACGCCCGCCUCCGCCUUUGUCAACCUUCAGCCGCAGCUUCACCACGUCGACGCCAACAACCAGCUCGAGCGGGCCACGCCCUCAGGCCCAGGAGGAGUCAAGGACCCUGGAUCGAACCCCAGCGGCCCCAGCGCUAGCACCGGUCCCGCCGCGAGAGCCAUCCACAUGACCAUCAAGACCGCCGGCAACGGCGAUUCCGUCGUCACCGAGACCAUGGCCGAUCGUCUUCGCGCUGUACAGUCGGAACCCUGGCGCAAGCUGCGCUUCGUGGACGAAAACGAGCUCGAGGCCUGGGAUGCCUUCACCCAAACCUUUGUCCGCUCCGCGAGAUUAAAGAGCCGGAGGGCGACGCAGACGAGGAGUUGA